UUAGCACUUAAAUUCGGUGAAGACAAACACUGAGGAACUGCUUUUUUACUACAGUAAUUUGGAUAAGCGCAUGAAACAUUAAUGCACAAAUUCUAUGUGCUGACAGACAAAUUGUUAGGUUGAAGCUUAGGACAUAUUUAACAGGGGCUGCUGACAGGUACUGUCGUGUAUAAUGAUAUCCCUUAAAUUUAACUUUAAGCGAUUUACGUUUCUGAGGGGGCGCGACGGUAAUUACGCACAACUAUUGCGAAAGAUGCGACGACUACACCAAUCCCUAUUAUAAUGAGGGCGUGACUUAUGAAUAUUAAUUAGACCACACAGCUACAGGAAUGUUGCCAAGCAGCGUCAGCAUGAAUAUUGAAUAGAAAGUAUCGUGGCUGCUUGGGAAGGCAUUUAUUUUAUCUAACAAAGUAGUUGAAGUCUCUCACAUAAGUCAUAACUGUUACCUAAAUAAUAGACUAGCAAAGUUUAGUGACGGUAUUUCUCCCAUUUGUGUCUUCUGUCAUCAAACAUGACCAUGUGUUUUGGGAUUGUGUCUAUAGUAAAGUGUUUUGAAUUGACUUUUUUAAAUUUUGUAAAAAUAAUAAUAAAUAAAUCAAUAAAAGGAGAAUAUCCCAUAACUUCUAUUUUAGUCAGAAUCUUGGAAGUUAGACCCUUUUUGUGUUAAAUUGACAAAUUAUUACUUUUCCAAGCGAAAUUUUAUAUUCACAAGCGACAUUUUUCAGCCUGUUUCUUUUUAAAUACUCUUUAAAAAAUAAUAAUACACAGAAUGCGUUUCUGCGUCCGUCCGCGCUGUUUUCAUAUGUAAACAUCAUCUGGAAAAGUGUAGCGUUUUUAGACGUAUUGUCUUCGACUCAACAAAACGCGUCUCAAAACACCUGCGUUCGGCUCUGUUCUUGGCGUUGCGUCUAACUUUUUCAGCGUGAGAACGCCUUCGGUGAUAUUAUAAAGUAUACUGUUUGUAACCCUCUUGGAAUGUGUAGUGCUAUUUGUUAUAUGUUGUUUAUUGUUUUGUAUAGUUGAUUCAGCGUCAGCGUGACCAAAUUAAUAUUCAUGAGCAGGAGAGACUGCGCGCUUUAUUAGCAGAAUGAUAUUCCACUUGCCUGCGCAGAUGUCUGCGCUGGGUAAUCGGCACGAGUCUGCACAGGCGAUGAUAGAGGGGAGGUGGAGAGCGUGUUGAUGCAUUCAUACAGUCAUUUAAAAGGGGCGGGAGCAUACAAACAGUCCCGCAUAAAACUCACGUGUCCAACACAAACUGUUGGAGACACAUGAAGUGCUCUAGACUUUAUUCAUUCACUCAUCAUCUGGGACUUCGUGACAAGCUGGCAGAGAAGAACAUGAGACCGGUCUCAUUACUAACCAUUGUGACUGUUUAUCUCGCUGUUUGCGGAGGAAUCAGUGCAGAUGCUCAAGCAGGACCUGUGUUACGGAACUCCAUCAAGCAUCUGCCUGCCGCAUCCAGUCCGAGUGAUGCGGUCAGCGCGAGCCCGCGCAUCACCGGCACCGGAGACAGCGACGCUCCGGCGUCACCACACUGCGCCGUUGAUGCUGAGUGCAAGUUCGGUGAGUUUUGUAACGGCUCGCGGGGAGUUUGUUUGACCUGCCGCAGGCGCAGGAAACGCUGCGUUCGCGACGGGAUGUGCUGCGCUGGAAACCAAUGCAUUAACGGCGUGUGCCAACCUGCUGAUGCUAUUGGCAGGGUAAAUGCCACGCAACAGGUUGGCAGAACGGAUGCUCCUACUAUAGCAGUCACACGUGAAAAGAACAUCACUGCGGUGCAGCAUCCUAAAAGAAACACCAUCCUUACAAACCCACAGCAGCCAGUGAAAGGUGGCGAGGGCGAGACGUGUUUAAGGUCCUCAGACUGUCUGGAUGGGCUGUGCUGUGCCAGGCACUUCUGGUCACGAAUCUGUAAACCUGUGCUGACGGAGGGGCAGAUGUGCACGCGACACCGACGGAAAGGGGCUCACGGUCUGGAGAUCUUCCAGCGCUGUGACUGCGGGGCUGGUCUGACAUGCCGAGGCCAGAGAGAGAAAGCCGGAGCAGAAAGCCGAAACCUCCAUACCUGCCAACUGCGCUGACUCUGCAGAACUGCUCUCACAACACAAGCAUGCAUGCGGACACACAUGCUGCGGCGACAAAGGAAAACUGACUCCACAGAAGGAUGCACCAUUAAAAGGACUGAUCAUAUUUCCUGGACGGAUGCAGAGAAACUGCACCGUAUGGAUGUUUCUAUUGUACACUCUGCUAUUUAAGACUUUUUUCCUGGGUCAUCACAAAAGGCAGAAUGCUUUUGUUUCCCUUUAUAAGGAACUUCUUAUUCUUCUUGCAGUAAAUUACUGUAUUGUAAAUACGUAGUCAGAUAUUGCACUUAACACUGAGAAUAUGAAUUCUAUAAAAGUAGCAUAUUAUGAUUCACACACUUACAUAUUGUAAAUAUGCAAGUCAUAUGAUUUAUAUUGUGUUAUUAGUACUCUAAUUUUAUUUCGAGUAAAUUGUAAAGAUAUUUGUGUUAUUAAAAUAUAUUAAUGAAAUAAUAAUAAUAAUAAUAAUAAUAAUAAUAAUAACAAGUAAUGGACGCUCUACAGUAUGUUCUCUUGAUGGAUUCUUCUGAUCCAAACUGCCACAGAUGCAACCCUAAAAAAACACUUCACUGUCUUUAGUCUAAUGACCGUUCACAAUAUUCAGCUGGUUUUCAGUAGCUUCCUACAGCAUCUAGAGAGAUAUUAAACUAAACUUGGGGAAAUUAAUCACAGACUUUGCAAAAAUCUGCUAUAUAUUGAGUUGUAGCGUCACUUUGGAUAAAAGCAAUUACUAGAUUAAUAAAUGUACAUGUAAAUGUAAAAAAGUGCCUUCCUUUUUUAUUGCAUAGAAAACAAGAUAUGUUUUGAGUUGUGUUGUCUUUCUGCAUGAUUAAAGAUUUAAUACUGUACAAGAAAAGCUAUAUUAACAGCACCUAUGCAACCUAAUGGUUGCCCCAUAGACUUCCACUGGAAGUUUUGUACACUGUACAGUUUUUAUUUUUUUAUUUUUUUAUUUUUUUACUAAUUAAUCAUCAGCAGCUAACCUCAGUU